AUGAUGGGAUAUGGGGGUCAUUCAUUUCACCAGCAACGGCAAGCUCAGCAGAAUGCCCAUCCUCAGCAACAGCAACAUCUCCAGUCCCCGUCGAUGGGGGCCGCUGCUGCGGCUGCGGCUGCCACGCAUCAACACCAUAACAGUGGUAUCGCUGGGAACAAUUCCCUUCUGCGCGGUCAACAGCAACCCGAUUUGGCAGCUCAUUCUCCAGAUCUUCGCAAGAUGACUCCGUCGUCAUCGGCGCCGCUAGUGGGAAUUCCCACGGCCGGCAAUUUCGCUUCCUUCCCUGGCCAUUUCACGCCCCAGGGUUCAUCCGAUCUGCUGUCUCGAGGUGCCGAAUCUGUGAGUCAAUUAAAAGACCCGUAUCUCUCGCUGCAGAGCUUGCAGAGGAAUAUGAAUCCCAUGGCUAGUUUUCGCGGGCACCCCGCGGCGGCCAUGAACGCCCAGGCAGCCAUGUCGCCGCACGCGCAUGCCAUGGGUCUGUCGUCGCCGCAGCAGUCGAUGGACCGCAUGCAACAUGCGCAGUAUCAACACCGGCAGACAACGCAUGCCCACCCGGCGCAAACUCCCACGACGGCGUCGCCCAUGUUGGCCGCGGCCCAGCCCCAGCAGCAGCAUCAGUACCAACAGCAACAGCCGCAGUACCAGUCAGCACAACAGCAGGCACAGUAUCAAGCAACGCAACAGGCUCAAUAUCAACCGCAGCAGCAAGCACAGUAUCAGCAAGCUCAGCAGUCUCCCUACCAACAGGCUCAGGCCCAGCCUCAGUAUCAAGCACAAGCGCAGCAGUCGCCUUACCAGCAGCAAGUGCAGCAAACUUUCCAACAACAGCAAGCUCAACAGGCACAACAGGCCCAGCAACAAGCGCAACAGCAAGCACAGCAGUCCUAUCAGCAGCAUGCUCGGUACCAAUCGCAGCAGGCCCAGCGCUCGCCAUAUCAAUCACAGGCCCAGCAGCACCCGUUCCAACAAGCUUAUCAGCAGCGCCAAUAUCAGCCGCAGCAACAAGCACAGUAUGCGCAACAAGCGCAACAACACCAGCAACGGCCACCGCAGUCGACAACGCCGUCAACCAUAGGGGGAAGUGCAGAACUCUCAGUCCAAGAGCCAGAGGCGGAAGAGACUAAAACUAAGCGACGUCCGAAGCAAACCAAAGCGACUGUAUCUCCUGCGAUAUCAGCGAAACAAGUGAAUGGUCAACCGCCGGCGGUAUACGCCACAGACGCUCAGACUCAGGCUCAUGCUCAGACUCAGGCUCAUGCCCAGGCUCAAGCUCAAGCACAGGCCCAGGCCCAAGCGCAGGCCAAGGCUCAAGCACAAGCACAAGCACAGGCUCAGGCUAAGGCACAAGCUCAGGCUCAAGCGCAAGCUCAGGCUCAAGCUCAUGCACAAGCUCAGGCUCAAGCUCAUGCUCAGGCCCAGCAACAGCAACAGCAACAGCAACAGCAACAGCAACAGCAACAGCAGGCCCAGCAAACCCCGGGGCAACCUCAAGCUCCAACACAGGACAAGCCCGCGUCGGCAGACAAUACCGGGACUCCUAAAAAACGAGGUCGCCCGCGGAAAUCCUUAGCCCCAGGAGAAGAAGGCAAGACACCGAAGCCUAGAAAGACUCCAUCCAAAGCAGCGGCAGCCGCCGCCGCCGCGGCGCAAGGCAACAAUGCGACACCUACCUCGGCUGCCAAAGCUACAGCUACAGCGCCGGCCAUAGCUCCAGGAGUACAAGCACAGGUCCAGGCACCCCCUCCCGCCGCGCCUGGCACCACGCUUAAUGCAGACGGCACCAUACUGAAGCCGAAGCGCAAGCGAAAGCGCAAGGCCAGCAACCUCCAACACCAGGCCAGGGUCAACCCCAACCUCAAGCACAGCUACAACAGGCCCAGGGCCACGUUCAACAUCAUCAACACCAACAUCAGCCACAGUCACAACCGCAACCGCAACCACAACCACAACCGCAAACUCAGGCAAAGGCUCAACCUCAUUUGCACGCUCAACCACAAAUGCAGGUGCAACCACAGAUACCAACCCAAAAUCAGAUGCAAGCUCAGCCUCCGAUCCAAGCCCAAUCAACAAUGCAGGUUCAGCCCCAAUUGCACGCCCACCACCACCAGCUCCAGAUGGCCCAUCAGCAUCACCCGCAGCACCAUCCGCAUCCACAGCAGCAUCAACAGCAUCCCCUUUCACAUGUGCAUCAGCACCAGCAUCCCCAAGCUCAGCAUGCACAGCACGCACAGCACGUGCAACAUGCGCACCAGCACCCGCAUGCGCAAGCGGAUGCAAUGGCCCUAA